CGAAGGGGGGCUUCCCUGCUCUUGAGAGGAAGAGAGCCGGCCCGGUAAAUAUGGUCAGUCAUGUCGUGGCUGGCUUGCUGGCUGGAUGAACUCCAGCGGUUCUCGCUGCUCUCCUUGUUUACAGCCGCUUUGGCCGUCCUGGCCGUCUACCUGGUGCGGUAUGGCCUGAGCGUCCUGCGGCAAGGCGGUGGGAAGCCGCCUCCCCGGCCGUCGCGCCCGGGACUCCUGCAAGAGGACGAGGGGGGCUCCCUUUUCGCCUGGCUGCUGUCCCUGAGCAGCUGGAGGGGCGAAUGGCAGAAAGCCUGGGUCGCAGCGCUGAACAAGGAAGCCGGAUUGCGGGAGAACACUU